UUGAAUUCAAUGUCAGAAGCCGGGUGUGGACUUUGAGAAUCGCUUUGGGAACUGGUGAGCAGAGCAAUCCAUUAAGCGUCAUCCUUCAGUCAGGUGGCUCAUGAGACUCCCUAUUUCUCUUAGUAUGAUACUGACUAGCUAUUAGAAACGAGCUCCAAUCAUACAGGGCGUCGUGGCAGGUCUUGUGGUGGAUUACCCAAUUCCUUUAGAAAGGAGGAGGCAAUUGACGUGUCGGAGUGCAUGUCAAGCCCCUUUGUUCCACUAGCACCUCUUCAACCAGCUUUGGAUGGAUUACCUCCAUAACUCCAGCCAGACGUUGAUCGUGACAGUUGCUACAGGCAUAGUAUUCACGACUCUAGCUGUGAUAAUGGGGAUGUUUGGUAGGAAGAACCACAUGCCAGUGGAGGGCCGGACGGUUCUCCUCACCGGCGCCACAGAAGGGCUCGGCCGCAGUGCUGCCCGCCAACUUUCGGCCCAGGGAGCGAACAUCAUCAUUGUCUCCCGUAACGUUGGGAGGCUCGAGGAAGCAAUUGCUGAAAUACGGUCCGCCGCCAAGUCGCCGCAGCAGCAGCGCUUCCACCACAUCAGUGCCGAUGUUUCCGAGCCCAACUACGCCGGCGAGGUGCUCGCGGAGGCGAUCCGCUGGAACGGCGGCGCGGCGCCCGACAUCGUGUGGUGCGUUGCCGGCAUGUCGACGCCAAUGCUUUGGGCCGACGACGGGUCCAUGGACGCGGCGCGGCGCAACAUGGACGUCAACUACUUCGGCGCAGCCGAGAUGGCGCGCGCCAUCCUGCGCGAGUGGCUUGCCCCCGAGAACGCCGUCGGGCCAGGCGAGAAAAGGCCCGAGCCCAAGCACAUCGUCUUCACGGCCUCGGUGCUCGCCCUGUUCGCCAUCGUCGGUUACGCUCCCUACACCCCGAGCAAGUGGGCGAUAAGGGGCCUGGCCGACACCCUGGCCCAGGAGCUGCUGCUGUACCCCGACAACCCCGUCAAGGUCCACGUUGUCUACCCCGGGACCAUCACCAGCCCCGGGCUGGAGCGGGAGAACAAGACCAAGCCCGAGAUCACCGUCGAGAUGGAGAAGGACGAGCCGCCCCAGACGCCGGAUGAGGUCGCCGAGAAGUCCAUCGCCGGCCUGCAGGCCGGGAAGUGCUUCGUCACCGUGUCGUUGCUCGGCGAGCUGAUGCGGUGCGGCGUCAUGGGCGGGUCGCCGCGCAACAACUGGUUGGUGGACACGGUUGUGGGCUGGUUCAUCCCCAUCAUCUACUUCUUCGUGCUCAGGGCGAUGAACGGGCAGGUGGGCGGAUGGGCGAGGAAGCAUGGCCAUCCAAGCACGUAUGGGAAGAAGGCGUGAAGUGAGGCCCACAAGCCUGCCAUAAGCUUGCCACGAUAUUUUCAUCGCUUUAUUACUUUGCCCUCACCUUGAGGUUCGGGGCGGAUGAAAUUAAUAUCAUACUCAUUGAUACCCUUUAAUUUAUUUAUUCAUUUUGUAGGGGGAGUCGACAGGGCAUGGGUUAUGGAACCUUGGGAGCUUUAAGGAGAACUCGAAGGACAACUAUAUUAGUUCAUUGUUCAAAAGGAGCUUGUAUGACAUUGUAUAUCACCUGGCUUGAAAAUGGCAAGAUCUUCAAGCUAUAGGGAAGAGGCCUCGAUGCCAUAACAACCAAUGAUUAUUAAGACUCAAACUAGGGGUAUAUCAUCUAAACGAAAAUUCAC